CUACCCCGUCAGAGGUGAUUGCGUCCUUAGUUACCAAACAUUUAGCGGAAAAGUCUUUGACUGUAGUUAGUUAUUUAAUGGUUACAAAUACACCCUUGUAACUUUAGCAUUGAAGCGCUGCUAAAAACACACAUUAUGGAAAUCACCAGAGGCACUUUAGAUGACAUUUCCCGACCUGCGUCGAGCGAGCAAACAGCUAGCCGCGUGUCCAGCGUAUCAUUACCUCAAAGUGACAGAAUUUGUCCUACAGCUCCAUUUUCCCUUGUUGUUUUGCCCAGCGAUGCUCCUGAUGCUCAGAUUCCGAACAGCUCUGAAGAGACUGCAGGCCACUCAUCAGUCACAUGUCCUGGCAAAGAUCAGUCUCACGCUGAUGCUUCCGAGGGACAGAAUGAACAUUUUAAACUGCAGAGAGCUAUUGAAGAAAUUAAAAGACUCGAUGAGAUACUGUCUGCAAAAAUCUUCAAACUAAAAGAAGUCCGGCGACAAAGAAAGGAGUUUCAAGUAAAACUCUGGCAAGAGUUCAAGCAGAAUAAACCUGGAGGUCACUCUGGAUGUGCUCAGGAAGCUUUGAACACAAGGUUGUUUUUGGCUUUGGAAGUACCCGAAGGAACAGAUGAGGACAACAACGUUAUACCUGUAUUUGACACCCAGAUUCCUGAACAUGAGCAGAAUGGAAACAACCAGCACUUGGAGCCAAGUAACCAGAGGCCAGACAGCUUGAUCAGAUCAUUUGAAGAAGAUUAUGAAGACACUAGGGAAGACCAAUUUGAACGCAGCCACUCUGGAGAUUCCAAAGGCAUGAAUAAACAGAAGGACUUUGUCAAGAAAAACAUUGAGCUUGUAAAUGGCGGAGGAGGUGAAGUGCUUUUGACCCAGGCAGAGAAAAGGCGUCUGGCUGAGCUCCUCCGAGAAAUAGAUGAAGAGGAAGACGACCCUGCCAGAGGCGCAGACAGCAAGGAGACCAUGUGGGCCGUGUCUGUCCCCACAGUCCAGGGUUACACCCCGGAGCCCUCUGACCUGGAGCAGCUGAUUGACAUUGACUCCAAAAUUGGCCUUCUCCUUCCUGUGGAAGAAUUUCACUCUGUGCACAGCUCAUACACCAACGUAACCAUGUCACAGGGCCUUGGCUCGGAGGUUAGUUGGAAGUGCGAUGGGGACCCGCAGCCAGGAGAGAAGGUCCUGCAGGAUAUAAAGGAGAGGAGAGGGCAGGAGAGGCGGCUCCAAGAGAUCCAACGGCAGCUGGAGCUCCUGGGUCAAAGCCAAGAGAUGACUGGUUGUGGGUGAGACUGGAGUCUAAACCAGCAGCCAUACAUCCUGGACAGGUGGCCAAUUUCUCACAGGGCCAGCACAGAAACAGACAACCAUUUACAUUUAUAGCAAAGGAAUCACCAGUUAACCUAACCCCUCUAACCUCAACUAACCUCUUCCUCUAACCUGGGGAGAGCCCACACAGACACGGGGAGAGCAUGCAAUCCAAACAGAAAGGCUUUGACCUUCUUGCUGUGAGGCAACCACUACGCUUCUUACCUUGUUGGUGCAAAAAUAUUAUUUUAUGCCUGUCGAACUGUGUUAUCUUUGGCAUUUUUCAUAGACUCGACUAAGGAAAGGAGAACAAAUGAUAUGCUUUUGCAACAGGUUGCUAGUAACAAAGUGCCUAAAGAUACAAAUGGGUUUCUCUGUUAUGUGUAAACACAACAGUGGUUCAUCCCUUGGGUCGAGUGCCUUUUUUAUGCUUGAGUGAUUCAUAUGUCAGUGUUAAGUGGCUUAAAAAACAUGUAUGUAAAAAAAGUAAAAUGGUACAAGGACUGGACUGAAAAUGAGAGAAGAAAAGAAAAACUUCAGAGAGUCUGGUGAACCACUGCUUAAGAGCACUUUUUUAAAGAAUUCCUGUUAUUGAGUUUGACCAAAUUCAAGUGUGUGAUUAAAGGAGAAGUUAGGAAGGCGAAGUAUUAGGUUUUUCGUAGCUAUUUAUUUAAACAUGCUUGAAAUACAGUAAAACAAAGAUAUCUUAAAAUAGCAGAUUUGACGAGAUUAACAAGCCUAUUUUUCUGAAGAAACUGUGUGAUGCUCGACAGUUGAUCUGGUGCUCGUUUUCCUGCAGCCCGUUUUGGCUGCCUUCCUAAAUCUACAGCAAAAGGAAGGACAUCUCAGCAUUUACUGUAAAACAGGAUAGUUCCAGCCCAACGGUCUUGUUUUAAUCAGGCCAACACUAUCAGUCAUACUUCCUCACUUACAGCAGUUUGUUAUUACCUCAUUAUUUCUAGCAUUUAUCGGAACAGCAGUCUAGGUUAAAAAAAAAAAUUGACUUAUCUGGAUCUGAAUCUCAAAAUCAAUUAUCUGUCUCUAUGCAUGCUUCACCACUUUCCUCACUUCACUGCAUCCACAGCUGAUGGCUGUUAGCUGCUAGCUUAUCUCCCUCAUCGGCUCUGCUUUGUCACCGUAUGAUCUUUGGAAAGGGCUCAAUUUGAGAAAAGUCUCUUCUCCACUGGUCUCAGGUUUUUCAGUGUCACUAUGAUCUCUCCUAUCUCCUGUACAUGCUCUAUAACUCAACUUCAAAUAUACAAAUUCAAAUUUAGGAGGUGACACCGUUUUUGGAUAUAUUUGCGGAAACAGCUCCUAAGCUUCAAGCCUCGGGACAGACCAUGGCAGACGCGGUUUGAAAUAUGGAUGCAAUAUAGGUUUAAUGACACGGGGCACGUCUGAGCCUGCCUAGCCUCCUAAAUAUUGAAGUUAUGAUUGGUGAUCUAGUAAUUUUGAACUUUUACAACAUGUGUCAUUUGGGAGGAUAUGUAAUAUGUUAGCAAGCUCAGAAACUGAAAGAUACUUUUAGCAGCAGCUCUCAUGUGCACAGAGAUGUUUGUCCCACAUUAAACAUAGGAACAUUGUCUAGCUAGCGUUAGCCAUCUCAGGCAGUCAGCACUCCUGACCGCUGCACUUUAACCUGUGAUUCAAACUAUGGAAGUAUACAGUAAAGAAAAGCCAGAGUCUUUUUUUCCCAAUUACACAGUGUCAUUGUUAAGUAUGCAAUCCAAAGCUCUCAGCUUUAAAUCUGUCAGAUUUGAACCUUUUGCUGCUGCAACGUCUUCUGCUUCUGUUCAGGCUCUGCAAAGGAGACUAGGAUGAACAAAACAAUUGACACAUGGCUCUUAGAGUUAAAACCAAAGACUAUUUUAUGUUGAUAUGGCUGUUAGAGUUGAAGCAGAGGCUCUUUGGGUAUUUAGGAGAGUUACUAUGCAUUUAAAAAAAUGUUAAAAUAUAUAUUAUCUG